CUCACACUACUCAUGUGCGAUGGUGACAAAAAAUACAAUAUGGCUGAUAUUUGACGUCUCUUCUGAUCACACUAUAAUAUUGAGCGUGAUCCGUUUUUGAUUUCGAUUUGUUAUGCAUUUAUCGACCUAUCCACGCUUAAAAUGAGCGUGACGUUACACACUGAUGUAGGUGAUAUAAAAAUUGAAACAUUUUGCGAACUAUGCCCGAAAACAUGCGAGAAUUUUUUGGCAUUGUGCGCAAGCGACUACUACAACGGGUGUUUAUUUCAUCGAAACAUCAAGGGCUUUAUAGUUCAAACGGGUGACCCAACACAUACUGGAAAAGGUGGUACUUCAAUUUGGAAUCGUAAAUUUGAGGACGAAUUUAAAGAGGAUUUGAAACAUAAUGCAAGAGGCCUCGUAUCAAUGGCUAACAAUGGACCCAACUCUAAUGGAAGUCAAUUUUUUAUAACAUACGGACCUCAGCCACAUCUGGACUUAAAAUAUACCUUAUUCGGAAAGGUGAUUGAUGGACUUGAUGCUCUUGACGAGUUGGAAAAAUUGCCCACUAAUCUAAAAAAUUUUAAGCCACUGACUGAGAUACGAAUCAAUCGCAUAACAAUCCAUGCCAAUCCACUCGCAGGAUGAUUCAACUUUACCAAAUGACGUAGAAUGGGUUUCCAAUUUUUAUUGUGGCUUAGGUGCACGAAGCUUCGUGGCUUUGAUAAUUGUUGAAUGAUACUUUUUUUUCAAAAUAUUUAUUUGA